GGAAGCGGAAAUGAGGCUCUUUUGUUUUGAAAGAGGGAAAUUUAAAACUCGACGGCGUUAAUCAAAAGUAAACACAAACAAGCGGAAUAAAAUCAACAAAACCAGUCAGGAAAAUGACCGCGAACUGACGUCCUUCAUCCCGGAUGUAAACAGCGUUUCCUGACACGUGAUGAAGCUGUUUGGUAAAAGCUCAGUAGGUUUGAUUUGAUCGCUGCAGAGUCUUUUCACACCAACAUGAAGAAGAGGGUGAGAAGGUCUCGGGUCUCUGACGCCGUUAACAUCCAGGAGGAAUGUUGUGUCCUGUGCAGGUUCAGUGAUGAUGAUCCUGCCAUGUUUGGGGAAAAGGUCACACUCAAAGAACACAAGCUCUCUGUCCACUACUUCUGUUUGCUGACGUCCUGUGGAGUUUACCAGCGAGGGAAAGAGGACGAGGGAGUGUUUGGUUUCCUGGUGGACGACAUCAAACAGGAGAUCCGCCGCUCGGCUCGACUGACGUGUUGCAGCUGUAAGAAGAAGGGGGCGUGUGUUGGCUGUAACGUCAGGAGCUGCAGGAAGACAGUCCACUUCCCCUGUGGGAGGAAACAGAAGUUCAUCUCUCAGUUCACCGGCCUCUUUCCGUCCUACUGUCCAGAUCACAGUCCCACUCAGUCUCUGUUUGUGGGUUUAGACCUCAGUCUGCCUCAGUCCUGCUCCGUCUGUCUGGACUCCAUCGAUCCCGUCCUGUCCUACUCUGUCCUCAAAUGUCCGUCCUGCCACACCAGCUGGUUCCACAGGGACUGUGUGCAGCGUCAGGCCCACAGUGCAGGCCUCUUCUUCUUCAGAUGUACUCUCUGCAACAACAAGGAGAGUUUCCAGGAGGAGAUGCUGAGGAUGGGAAUCUACAUCCCAGAGAGAGAUGCCUCCUGGGAGUUGGAGGCCAACGCGUACUCAGAGCUGCUGGAGGUUUACAAGCGCUGUGACGCUCUCACCUGCCUCUGCAGCGACGGACCCACACACUCAGCAAAGACCGGGUGGUUUGAGGUGAUUCGCUGCCGGCUCUGUGGAUCCAGAGGGACUCACAGGAAAUGUUCGGGGCUGAAGUUGGACACCAGAGACUGGGCCUGCACCGACUGCACCCAGGCUACAGAUGGGAAAGCCUCCCUGGUUGCGUCUCCUCAGGGAGGUCAGAGGAGGAGUCUGCUGUCCAAACGCCACCCGUCCCCCAUCCACUCCUCCAUCAGCUGUAAAAGGCCGUCGUUACCUGUCAGGUCGGGGUCACCUGAGGAGCUCCUGCAGGCGCUGGCUCCUCAGCUCCGCCCCGUCAGUGUCCAGGUGGAGGUGAGUGAGUAUCAGGCGCUGUCUGCUGGUCUGGAUCUGGUCAGGAGGCCCGACUUCGACCCCACACACACUCUGUCAGUCAGGUUCAAUGACGAGAAGCAGACUCCGUUUCCCAGCAGCCUCCGGGACAGCAACGCAGCCAGGCAGUACUUCUGGAAGCUGCUGGUGCAGCAGAUCCAGGACUCUGUGGUGUUCGAGGGUCCAGAAGGAUCCAAGAAUCUGGCACUGGAUUCUCAGGCUCUGCGUGACGACCUGUACUUUGAUGUCGGCUGCCUGCUGGCUCUGUCUCUGGUCCAUGGCGGUCCACCUGUCGGCUUCUUCUCCCGCGCUCUCUACCAGUGUCUGUUCAACUACCCGCCCAACCGCCCGCUCACCGUCGCACACAUGACGCCCGACACACACUUCACACGCCGAGUCAGCAGGAUCGCAGAGGCCGAGUCUUUGGACGACCUGAGAGAAGCCGUGACGUCGAGCUGGGAGUACCUGGAGCUGGCCGGCUGCAACCGACCAAUCAGCAGCCUGGAGGAGAGGGAGGCCCUGGUGGAGGAUUUGGUCAGCUUCACCAUGAUCACCAGGAUGCAGCUGCCACUGCAGAGGUUUCGUGAAGGUCUGCAGACUUUAGGCAUCUUCGAUCAGGUGCAGCUCUUCCCGUCGGUGUUCUGCAGUGUUUUCUGUGAGGCGGCGGAUCGUCUCACGGCUCAGACGCUCGAUCAGCUCUUCACCAUCAACUUCUCUGAGGAGGAGGAGGAGGAGAGGCUGAACAGGGAGACGCCCGUCAUCAGCUUCUGGAGACACUUCCUGUUAGAGUGUGAAGUGGGGAGGAGCUCCAUCUCCCUGCAGGACCUCCUUCUCUUCGCCACGGGAGCUGAGGAGCUUCCAGCAGAUGGCCCCCUCCCUCCUCCCUCCAUCUCCUUCCUCCACCCCCGCAGCUCCUCCCCUGUAGGGGUGGAGGAGACGGGUGGACCAGGGGAGGAGGAGUGGAGGGACGGGGGGCUCUUCCCUCAGAGUGAGCCCGGCUCCAGACUCCUCCUCCUGCCUGUCACCUCCUCCUACCAGGCCUUCAAAAGCUCCAUGGAGCAGGCCAUCAGCCACCAUGUACACCUCCUCCCUACGGGGAGUUAGAGGAGGAGGAGGGAGGGGUGGGGGAGGAGGGAGGGGGGAGGAUCAGGAAAUCUACAGAAGGUUUUUAAUGAUCUUUAAUUUGAAGAUAAACUCCCUGAUUUCUUUUACAAUUAGACAUUUUUUAAUCAGAGCUGCAGCUAGCCGUUAUCUUCAUUAUCAGUUUACUCUAUUGAUCUUUUGAUUGAUAGUUUUGUCACCACAGGUCAAUGUGACGUCUUCAGGUCUAAAACCCAAAGAUAUUCAGUUUAUUAUCUGUGGUGAUUCUGUUUUAAUCGAUCAUUGAUCAACUGAUCAGUUCAGCUCUGCUGUUGGCAGUGAGGAUUUCAAACUGUGAGGUGCUUUGACAGAGGGGUGAGGCGGGUGAGGGGGGAGACAAAGAGAGUGGGGGAGACAGUGGCUGUGAUUAUUAAGAUAGUUUAAACUCUCAGUUCUCAUGGCUGCAGAUUGAGUCAUAAAUCAAAUCUGAACACACAGACAUGAAUCACAUACUCUUCCUGAGACAGAACAUCUAUAAACCUGCUCAGAAAUCUGCAGAACUUUCCUGAGACUCAUCAGGUUUUUAAGGCAACACUCAGUCACUUCACUGAGCAGCAGCGCCCCCUGCAGCCAGGAGGGGUCAUUACAUCUGUUGUUGCUCUGAGUCCAAGCAGUUCAGUGGUUUUCAUGUACAGAAAACAAAGACUAUCUCUUUGUUGACCAGAGUUCUGACUGAGUUGUCCAACUCAACAAGGACUCAACUUUCAACAAGGACAAAGACUCACGUUGUGUCCCACAUUAUACUUUGUUUACAUCCCUCAGUGUGAUGGGAACAGUGUCUGACCCUGACUGAGUCUUCUUACAAUCAGUUGUUUCUCUUUGUAUUUGAUACUUCAGACUUUUCUCCUGACGUUCACUCCACAGUCACUGCUGCAGAUUAAUGAACACAACUCUUUCAUCACCAUGAUAAACUUCAUUUGUCAGGUUAGCCAAGUUUUUUUUGAGCACCCACAGUUUGUUGGUUGAUUUCUCCAGUAAACUGAUCACAUUACUAUCAGACCUCUAACCAACAGUUAUAUUGAUUAUUGAUUAAUCUGCUUUUUAAUUAAUGGCUCCGUUGAUUUUCUAAAAUCCAAGGUAACGUCUUCAAACGUCCCAAAGAGAUUCACUUUAACAUGGAAUAAAACAGAGAAAAAACACAAAUCUUCAUCAUUUAGACAAAUGAACUAUUUAAUAUUUUUGCUUUUUGCUGAUUGAUUCUGAAAAUAAUUAAUCAACUGUCUCAGUUCUAAUCACGACAAAGCUCAGUGCUGUAAUGAAACAUUUAAUAUGCCAUGAUUUUAUCCACACAUCAUCAUGAAACGCCAUCAGAUCUUUAACUUCAUGUAGCAUUAAGAAGUCUUACACACUGCCCGGCUAAAAAAGCAUCCUCUAGUCUUUCGUUGGACGCCUUUAGCUUUGAUCAGCGCACACAUUUACCGUGGCAUUGUUUCAGUAAGCUCAUGUAGUGUCACAACUUUUAUUUCCGUUCAGAGUUGCAUUAACUUUUAGCCCAGAUCUUGUAUUGAUGAUGGGAGAGUUGGAACACAAGUCUUCUCCAGCACAUCCCAAAGAUUCUCAGUGGGGUUCAGGUCAGGACUCUGUGACCUGAAUCAUGGCAGUAUCAUCUUGGACAUUGUCCGUACCAUCAGGGAAGAAAAAAAUCUAUUGAUGGAAAACCCUCGUCAUUCAGUAUAAUUCAGGUCAGCUGACCUCAUAAUGUUACUGGACCUGGACCGGACCAACUGAACCUUCCUCAGGUCAUAACAGCCCCCACAGGCUUGUACAGUAGGCAGUGAGCAUGAUGGGCUCAUCACUUCAUCUGCCUCUCUUCUUACCCUGAUGCCCCCAUCACCCUGGAACAGGGUCAGUCUGGACUCAUCAGACCACAUGACCUUUUUUCAUUGCUCCAGAGUCUAAUCUUUAUGUUCUCUAGCAAACUGAAGUCUUUUGUAGCCUCGACUGAUGAGUGUUUUUCUUCAGGCUUCACAGCUCUUCAGUCCCUUAAGUUCUCUUCACAUUGUUGGUGUGAAAAUAUUCUUUCUUUCACUAUUAAAAACAGCUGUGAGUUCUGCUGCUGGUUUUUUCCAAUUUGAUUUCACCAAACAUCUAAGUGAUCUCUGAUUACAAUCUUUCAAGAUUUCUGUCCGACCACUUUCCUUCCCUGAAGAUGAUGGUUCUCCACCGUCCUUCCAGGUUCUAAUAAUGUGUUGGACAGCUCUUAACAGGUCAGUAACUUGACCUAUUUUUUCCAUGACCACAGAAUAAGUCUUCAGUUGCAUCAGUUCAGUUCUUCCUACAUCAGUUAAUGAAAAUGAGAAGAUAACUUGUUUCUAGCUGAAACAUAUUAAUCACUGCAGUAAUUAUCCUGUUUGCUUAGUUAAAUCCAGGUGGUGACUUUUUUCUCUGGCUGGGCAGUUUAUGUUGAAACCUUUCUUCUCUGCUCUUCCACAUCAGAUAUCACAUUAAGUGAUGAUGAUGCAAAAUAUUUUCUACGUUUUCUUCUCUAAAAAUGAUGGUGCUGAUUUUAUAACUUUGCCUUAAGUCAUAUUUUUAUUGUACAUAGUUUGUUUUCUUUGAGCUUGUUCUUUUUUCUGUCUGUGCUUGUUUCUCGUUUGUCAUGUUGGUUUACUUUGAUCAGAUGGAUAGCAGAAACAGUUUUACCAAAAAACAGAUCUGUUGUCAUCAGGUUGAUCUCUGUCAGAACCACAUUUUUUUAUCUGUUUCUGUUUAUCAGAUUAUUUUGGUGCUUUUCUUUCCGUCUCUCCUUAUUUAUCCAUUUUGUGUUUUCUUGCAUGAAUUUUCUCUUUGUUCUCGUGAAUCAUAAAAACUGAAACAAACCA